AGGUUCUGUAAAAUAAUUUUAACUUGGUUACAACUAAAGGAUUUCCACUUAAAAAAAUAAUUGAUGAGACAACAUGACCUUUCAGAUUUAAGCGCAUGAUAGAAGCAGUGCAGUUGCAUUGGGGACACUGAGCUUGAUAGAUAUGGAGACGUUUAAUCCUCGUGAUUAUCGACAGCCCAGAGAGUGGCUGAGGCAAGAUAAAGGUCAAGCGACCCAAAACUAAAACUUUUCGUUGAGAAAUUAUUCAUUGCUUAAGGAUACUAGCAUGACUGAAAAGAAUUUUAAUAAUACGAGCUUAAAAUUGAUUGAAAUGCGCACGACUGAAAUUGCUUCAUUUUCACAGCAAUUAUGACCAUUAUAUAAAUGAAAGUCCAAUGUGGUAAUAAACAUAAUUAGUAGCUAACAUUACUUUUGAUGAUAAAUUACUGACAGCCUCCAUAUGCGCUCGAGUGCCGAUUGCUCCCACCAAAGGUGGUCUCACUGGUAUCAUAGCAACAAGUGGCACAUUUUUACACUCGAGUUGCAUCGCACAGAUUUUUGAUUUGACUAAUUGAACUUUUUCGGUCAGUCAAGAUUAUACCCGCGGAGUAGCACAACUGAAAAAAAAAAAGUUAGAAUUACACAAAAGGUUAUGUAAACAUGCCUAUAUAAGAAGUUUGCGAAAUUCAGUGCCAUCGACGGUUACAGACGUCAAAAAUAUCAACUGGGUCGGCAGUGAAUGAGUUAAUUGGACUCCGUUAUCCAAUGGAUAUAAUGGUACUGCAUCUUCAGGACAGUCUGUCUUCAAAUAUCUGCUCCCACAUUACAAGCUGUCUCACGAUUGGUUGGAAGACAGAGGAGGCAGGCGUGUGCGUGAACAUAAAAACACAGAUUUCCAUACACUCUGGUGUUCACUCAUCAUCUGCCUCCAUCCAAACAUUCCACGCCAAACACAUCCCAAAGCUUCUUCAGCAUGUCUCUUGAAGAAAAAGACAAGACCAAUGUGCGGAUUGUUUUUUUAGGAGCAGCAGGAGUGGGGAAGACAGCCCUCAUCCAGCGUUUCUUAAAGGACACUUUUGAACCUAAGCAUCGCCGCACCGUCGAGGAGCUCCACAGCAAGGAGUAUGAAGUCGGGGGCGUCAAAGUCAAUAUCAACAUCAUGGACACCAGCGGCAGCUAUUCUUUCCCAGCCAUGAGAAGGCUCUCCAUCCAGAAUAGUGAUGCCUUUGCACUGGUCUACGCAGUGAAUGACCCGGCAUCCCUGGAGGCAGUUAAGCGUCUGCGGGAUGAGAUCCUGGAGGUCAAGGAGGACAAGUACAUGCCUAUCGUUGUGAUAGGGAACAAGAUCGACCGUCAGCACGAGCGUCAGGUGUCGAGCGAGGAUGUUGUCUCCACAGUGGAGCUGGACUGGAAUAAUAGUUUUGUGGAGGCAUCUGCCAAAGAGGACAUUAACGUGCGACAAGUGUUCCGGGAGCUUUUACAGCAAGCUAAUUUGCCAAGCUGGCUCAGCCCGACACUGUGCCACAGGAGGGAAACCUUUCCCAAGGGGAAGGAUAAGAUGCCGAAAAUGAACAAGACCAACAGCUGCCUCCUAUCCUAACUUUGAGGACAUCAUCUAAAAAUUCACUGAAAUAAAAAUCGGUUUAUAAAAGGGAAGCUGACUGGAUGGAUGUAUUGUAUUGCUACUGAACAAGACCUCAAUGGAAGUGCUUCUAAAUAUAUGAUUUUAAAUAUGGACUUCUGUAUUUUCUUCGUCUUUUAUGAAAUGUCUGAAAAGCUUUCUGUGGAUUGAGAAUUAGUACUUAUGCCAGAACAUUUAAAAACAAUGCAUUUGGUUUGUCCAGUGGUUUUGUAAUGUCCUUCGAAAAUAAAGAAAGAAACAAAAUAUGAGUACCUCUUGAAAAUAAAC